AAAUUAAUCUUCGAACUCAUCUCUGUGCAAGCAUUUGACAAAGAAAGCUAUCUGCGAGGGAGAAACCUGCCUAAGAACCUUCGUUUUUGCGAGCCAUCUGUGCACUUCUGCAGCCAUACAGAAACAGAAAUCAUGGGAACAUGCCUUUCAGCAAAGAGAAACAAAAGAAGGGAUGAUGAACUUAUGUUGGAUGAUUUUUACGAUCUGGAUAAUGUUUACCACGGCGAUCAGUCAUGGCGUUUCUAUUAUCCACAAGAACAACUAGAGUAUUUUGAAUCAGAAUUUCAACCAAAAAGCAAAAAGAAUGGAAAGAACAGAUUUUCGAUUCGCAGUAAGAUUGAGAGCUUGCGAAGGAGCUUUUUCAACCCUGAUACCCACGAAGAGGCAAUUUACAGGAGCCCGUAUGCAUUACGUAGGGAUUCAAAAGGAGGCUUCAUAGAGAAGAUUGAGAAUUGGAGAAGAAGUUGGUUUGGAGGCGAAACCACGCCUAAACCGAAUCGAAAAUUGUCACUGAAGAAUGACGAAGAUGUGCAAAAGAGACGGAGUCUCAGCGAAAGUGGCUUCAAGAGGCUCAGUGUCACGAGGAAUUUCGUUGAAAGGCAUGCAAAUGCUGAAGAGAUUUAUGGCAAGUCGCCAAUGACGUCCAGGAAAAGUUCACUUGAUAAUACCCCGCGACGAGAACAGAUAGAGGUUCAAGCAAUGGUCGGCUCAAGACGUUCAUCUUUGAAGAAAGGCCAGCGUGUGACAGAAGAUGAGCUUUGCGAGGAAAUAGUUAGACGACCAAGCAUUGAUCGUGAAAUCUUGCAGAAGAUUAAAGAAAUUGCAUCGCUUGAUUACUGUUCCUCUGGAAGUGAAGAUGAUGUCUCAAAAUCGCCUGUUGUAGCCCACACGCCAUUGACGGAGAAAGUAGAGCCACCACAGGAAGCCCAAAGCACAGAAUUCGAGGAAAGCACGAAGAAAAGUGAGAACAGUGAAGCCCAAAGUACAGAAUUCGAGGAAAGCACGAAGAAAAGUGAGAACAGUGAAGCCCAAAGUACAGAAUUCGAGGAAAGCACGAAGAAAAGUGAACACAGUGAAGCCCAAAGCACAGAAUUCGAGGAAAGCACGAAGAAAAGUGAGAACAGUGAAGUCUUGGCAGAAAAUACGAGAAAAAGUACAGGAAUUGCAGGAGCACGAUUAUCUAAGAAACUUUCAAAGCAGGAAGCCGUAGAUGAAGUAUUCUAUCAAACAAUAAUGCAAGAUAAUGACGAAACACGUAAAGCAAAUCAGAGUGAAACUUUUGUUGGAGAGAGAAGUUUAGGCGAAGAUGAGGUUCUAGAUAAAUACGAGGCACAAGAAAAGGCUGGAGUUGACGGAGGAGAACUUGUCUGUGAGGAUGAUGUCAUCAUUAAAGAGAGAGCGUGCGAUCAACUAAAAGAAGGUAUUGAACUGUUUAAUGACAGCAGCGUUGAAUCGGCAGAGGUUGAAGGAAAACAAGGCAAUAAACAGCCAAACGGUACAGCGAAUGAACAAGAAAACGAUGAUAGUGAAGAAGAAAGAGAAGUCGAUGCAUACAAGCAAAAAUCAAGUGGAACUGUUUUUGUAAACAGAGAUGGAAGCAAUCGCGCUUCUACGGGAUCAAAAAUCGUUAUUAGUUCAAAGUCAACAAAGCAGUAGAGGAAGGUUUUCGAAACCAUGAUUUCAGCGUGUUAUACAUGUUUCAUAGUAAAUUUGUUGAAUUAGAAGUUUAGGUCUAUGCCAAUCGUUUUGAAUUUCAUCGUUUAUAUCACUAACGUUUGGAUCUUAGUAGCAUUUAUCAAUGAAUAGGGAGCCAGCUAUGCUGGUUUUUGCUUUGCUCUUACCAAGCCUUCAAGUUUAGUAAGUUGGUUUAAACCAUCACGAUUUUAACAAAAUAGGUACACAUCGACUAAAGCCUGAAGACGAGCUUAUAGUGAAACCAUGUAUGAAUGGAAGUAGGCCAUCAAUAGUAAACAUCUGUUUGGAAUAUUUCUGAUAUCUUCUUAACCAUAUUUGCUGACAUUGGUCGCUAAGGUAUAUUAUGUUUACUUUCAAUGCCUUGCUAUAAUAGUUGUGCAUUGCACCGAAGCAAAAAGGUUUAAGGCAAAAUUAUACAACGACAUGUCAUUGACAUUUUUAAAAAAAUAAAAAGAUGUAGGUAAC